AUGGCAUCUCAAUCCCAAGAUGGUGGGCAAAAUGCCCUCUCGCCUGUCGAUAUCAAGCCUCUUCUCACCAAGCUCUGGCCUAACGGGUCUGCUGUCUCUCCUCAGGAAAUUGCCGAGGCCAUCUCUCACUUUUUCACAAAUCAGGUCACUGAGGCUCAAACAGCUUCUCUUCUCAUGGCAUUACAUUUCACAAAGCUUGAUUUCAGAGCUGAUGUAUUGGCUGAGUGCGCCCGUGUCAUGCGAAAGGCCGCUGCCUCUAUUCCUGUAGAGGAGCUGAAGGAGGUUAUCGAACGAAGAGGGCGAAAGGAGGGAGAUUACAACGGUGGAUUGUGUGACAUUGUUGGAACAGGAGGUGAUGGCCAUGAUACCUUCAACAUAAGCACCACCUCAUCCAUCCUGGCCUCAGCCUUGCUCAUGGUUUCCAAGCACGGCAACAAAGCCAGCACCUCAAAGUCUGGCAGUGCUGACUUGGUCGCCUGUAUGAAGCCGCAACCUCCCAUCAUCAGCGCCGUCCGCCCUGACACUUUGGUCAAGGCUUACUCUGAGACUAACUACACUUUUCUGUUUGCCCCUGUCUUCCACACUGGCAUGCGCUACGUCGCGCCCAUCCGCAAGCAACUGCCUUGGAGGACAGUUUUCAACAAUCUCGGCCCCUUGGCCAACCCUGUCGAAGAUGUGCUCGAAGCCCGUGUCAUUGGUGUCGGCCGAAGGGAUCUUGGUCCAGCAUUCGCUGAGGCUCUGUGCAUGGCUGGUUUCAAGAAGGCUCUCAUCAUCUGCGGCGAGGAAGAGCUUGAUGAAGUUAGCUGCGCUGGCAACACUCUAUGCUGGAGGGUCAACGAGACCAGUACUGGAAGGCUCGAGGUUGAGCAUUUCACCGUGCACCCGAGCGAUUUUGGUCUGAGCACCCAUCCCCUGGAUACAGUGUCUUCAGGCAAAGAACCCUCCGAGAAUGCAGAGAUCUUGUCUCGAAUUCUGCACAAUGAGUUGCCUGACGAUGACCCGAUUCUUGAGUUCGUUCUACUCAACACUGCGGCUUUGCUCGUCACAUCAGGUAUCUGCGAGUCCGAUACCAGUAACAUGGGCGAGGGGGAUGACGGCAAGGUCAUCACCGAGCGCGGACCUGGUGGGCAGCGCUGGAAAGAGGGCAUCCGAAGAGCUCGCUGGGCCCUCAAGAGCGGCGAGGCCUGGAGACAGUGGGAAAAGUUUGUCAAGGUCACAAAUGAAAUCGGCGCUUAA